CUUUGAUAUGAAGUCUUUUACAGUUGAAAUUGGUCCUGAACAACCCAAUGGUGGUCGCAUCCGAAGAUCUAUUUAUGCUCCUGAAGGAUUAACUCGUGUCCCUCAUCACAAUGUACACACAUUGUAUGAUGUCCUUACGCGUAGUGCCAACAAAUAUCCUGAUCGUAAAGGAUUUGGGUUCCGAAAGGUAGAAAAAAUGAUUGAUGAAGAAAAACAAGUGAGUAAGUUUAUCGAUGGUGAAGAAGUCAAAGAAACAAAGAUUUGGAAGUACUUUCAACUGUCUGGUUAUCACUAUUUAAGUUACAAAGAAGCGUCUCGUUUGACACACGAUGUUGGUGCUGGUCUCAUUCAACUCGGUCUCAAAGAAAAAUCGAAAAUUGAAAUCUUUUCGCCUACAAAUAUGUAUUGGUUAUUAACAGCCCAUGGUGCUUUCACUCAAAACAUGACCAUUGUCACAGCUUACGAUACACUGGGAGAAGAUGGUCUAUUGCAUUCGAUGAAUGAAACACAAGUAGAAGCUAUUUAUACCACCAGUGAAUUAUUGUCUACAGUUCAAAAAGUUGCCACGCAAUGUGCUAGUUUGAAAUGCAUUAUCUACAGUGGCGAAGUCAAGGCAGAAGUUCUUUCUCAAUUCAAGACAGCCGUGACUCAGAAAGUGAUUUCCUUGGAUGAAGUAGCCAAGUUGGGUAGAGAACAUCCUCGAGAAUCAAGAACACCCGAACCCGAAGACCUUUGUUGUAUCAUGUAUACUUCUGGAAGUACAGGAAACCCUAAAGGUGUCAUGUUGUCGCAUAAAAACAUUGUUGCUGCUAUUGCUGGUGUAAAUACUAUUCUGGGUCAUAUUGUGACAGACCAUGAUAGUAUGAUGGCUUAUCUUCCUUUGGCUCAUGUUCUUGAAUUUGUUGUAGAAAACCUGUGUGUCUUUUGGGGUGUCACUUUAGGUUAUGCCAAUGUACGUACGUUGACAGAUGCCUCUGUUCGUAACUGCAAGGGCGACAUUAAGGAAUUCAGGCCUACAUUAAUGACGGGCGUACCUGCUGUUUGGGAAUCCAUCCGAAAGGGUAUUCUAACUAAACUAGCUUCUGCUUCUCCCAAAGCACAAAAGAUGUUUCAUAAAGCAUACGCCACAAAAGCAUGGUUACUAGAGCGUCAUCUUCCCACAGGGUUUUUAGAUAAAGUCGUGUUCAAUAAGAUCAAGGAUCAAGUCGGAGGUCGUCUUCGAUUUGCAUUGUCUGGUGGUGCUCCUGUGUCUGUUGAAACUCAAAAGUUCUUAUCAGUGACUGUCUGUCCUAUUUUGGGUGGUUUUGGUAUGACAGAAAGUUGUGGUAUGUGUAGCAUCAUGACACCUGAACAGUUUGCUUAUGGUCAAGUCGGGGCUCCUGUCCCUUGUUGUGAAAUCAAACUGGUCGAUGUUCCCGAGGCCAAUUACCUCUCCACUAAUCCCAAACCACAAGGUGAAGUCUGGGUCCGUGGUCCUGCUAUCACCAAGGGUUAUUGGAACCGAGAUGAUAUUACACAAGAAACCAUGACCGAAGACAAUUGGCUUCAAACAGGCGAUAUUGCCGAAUGGAACGAGAAUGGUACAUUGACCAUCAUUGACCGAAAAAAGAACUUGGUAAAACUGAGUAAUGGUGAAUACAUUGCCUUAGAGAAACUAGAAUCGAUCUACAAGAGUUGUGUGUAUGUGACAAACAUGUGUGUUUAUGCAGACUCACUUUAUCCUAAACCGGUUGCUUUGGCUGUGGUGACAGAGCCUGUGAUCCGAACAUUGGCUGCAGAAAAAGGAGUGACUGAAACUGAUUUUGAGAGUCUGUGCCAACAUGAAGUGAUCCGAAAGACAGUGUUGAACGCAUUGUUAGCACAAGCAAAAGAAGGAGGUCUUAAGGGGUCUGAAUUGCUCUUUGAUGUUCAUUUAUGUCAUGAAGAAUGGACCACUGGAUCUGGUUUAUUGACUGCAGCACAAAAGAUCAAAAGACCAGAGAUCACAAAGGCUUUCAAGACGGAGUUUGAUGCCAUGAAUGCUAGACAAAAAAGUUGAACAUAUAAUAAUAAAAGAACUACUCGGUUGGAUCACCGAUAAGAUCCGAUCUAUCUAUUUUUCUGUAUCGAAUCACGUGACAUA